AUGGUAAAUCGAGCACUCAUGAUAUGUUUAACAUAUACAUCAUUAGCAGCUGAAUUUGAUGAAAUACGUCGAAUUGGACUAAUGAAUGGUUAUACAUCAUCCUUUAUCGAUACUAUCAUUGGCAUUAAACUAAGUCAAUAUCGAAAAAAGAAUAAUGAUGUUAUACAAUCACCACAAACUGGACCAGAUAAAAAACGAAUAUAUGUUGAAAUUCCAUUUAUAGAAAAUGCUAUAAAAGAAUUAAAAAGUAAAAUAACGCAUUUAUGUAACAAGCUUCGACCAGAUCUAGAUGUCCAAUUUUACAUGAAAUCACCACGAGCUGUUCAAAUGUUAUAUCAAACGAAAGAUCCUAUAGAUAUGAAAAUGAAAUCUGAUGUCGUAUAUUCAAUAAAAUGUAGCCAAUGUGAACAUUCAUAUAUAGGUAAAACAGAAAGACAAUGCAUAAAACGUUUACAUGAACAUGGUGCACCAAAAUCAUCAACUCAACAGCAACAGGAACAGCAUUGUACUCAAACCGACAACAACAUCCCAGAAUUAAGAAAAUCAGAUCGUUUAAAAAGUAAGACUACAGCUGCAUCUCCACCAACAACAACAAACACAAUUGUCAAAAAAGAAACAACAUCUGCAGUCGAACAACAUCAAUAUGAAACAGGCCAUUAA